UCCAGCAAAAUGGAUACAGAAGUAGAAAUCGUAUUGUUAUCUGCUAUAUUUGUACUUAUCGUACUGAUAUUCGGCACAGUCUUUGGGCUAUUGUACUAUUCUGGCAUUUUUCACGAUGUUGUCAUUGGCGCAGGGAAACCGCCAGUGGCAAACGUCGAAGUGGCGUACCUGAUCGGACGGGGUCCAUAUAAACAUGCGGGUAAACUAUUCACUCAAGUGACCGCAGCAGCACCCAUGUGUCGUGGUAUAGGCCUGUAUUAUGACGACCCUCACGAGGUCCCGGCAGCAAAACUUCGCUACAUCGUCGGCGCAAUCAUCGCAGAAGGCAGCGAACUCCCGGACAAGAACCUCAAAGACAUUCUCACGUCGAAAGGGUUUUCGUUUGCAUCGUUCCCCGUCGUCACUCACGCUGUGACAACCACUUUCCCUUACAAGACCAUCAUCUCCGUCUUCAUCGCCGUGUCAAGAGUGUAUCCGAAACUUGGAGAAUACAUUAUAAGCCGUGAGGAGAGCAAGAGUCUGGAACGCGUCGACACGGACGCGCCGCAGCGACCGACGCCGCCCGGCGAGCCAGCAGGGGGCAGCACGAGUGGCAGCGGGACGCCAGAGAGCGAGGCGGCGGCGGUGCAGCGGGCCGAGAGGUCACGAACCCCGAGUCCGGAGAGCCGCAAUGGCAACGAGCAGAGCACCGGGUCCUCGUUCGAAGAUCUCGGGCAGGAGGAGGCUGACGUGUGA